ACACAAUAAUUUUUAUUUUUCAAUUAUGUGGUAUAUAAUUGAAUCUUUUUGUAAAUCAUUGAAAGUGUUCUAAAAACUAUAAAACAGGUUACAUUUAAAUUAAUUUUAUUAUUAUAGUAAUUUUAGAAUUUUUAAAUUGUUCAAAUAAGUACAAGAAUAAAAUUUAAAAUGAGAAAUUUCUGGUGCGUUGUUUUUACAGUUAUAGUGUAUGUGUUAAGUUGUACGUCACAAGAAACUAAUUAUAUAGAUAAUUACUGGUCAUAUAUCGAAGAAGAUUACGCAUACCUUCAUGAUAAUAACAAAAAAAUACUUGGAUUUAAAUUUAAUGAAUUAAAGUACGAUAAUUAUUCAAUUUUGGUGAAGGCUAGAACUUUAAAGUAUUUAUUUUUAAUUUCCUAUUAUGGGUUAUUGGCUAUUAUUAAAGACGAAUUAGAUGUAUCAUCCACUACUUUAAGAGAUAAAUUAAUUGACAUAAAGGGUAAGGUUGAACUUUUCAUGAAUAAGAAUUAUGGACCUAUGGAGAUUUUGAAACAAGUAGACAAUUUAUUUGCUGUAUAUAUGACACCAUCUACAUUUUGCUUAAAAUUUUUUAAUAUCAUGUCCCGAGAAGUUUCCAAUUGGUUCCCAGAACAUCUUCACUAUAAUGCAACGUAUAAAACUCUGACAACUGAAUAUGAUUGGUCAAUAUACAAAAAUAUCGGAGAUAGUGUAGUUAUGAAUAAUACACUGAUGUAUCCGCCUCGCAAAGAACAACCACUGCAUGAAUUAUGGACUAUUAUUGAUAAUCUAAAAUUAUUUUUGUUAAAUGAAUAUAAGUGUUUCGACUAUUCAGAAUUUGAUAAUUUAUUGUAAUAUUCUUCAUACUAUUAAUCUUAAAUAUUGAAAAAUAUGAUUUUAAUUAUUUAGAUGUAUUAAUCUCAAAUAAUAACUAUAACGUGAUCAUAAACUGCGCUAAAUUUACUUUUUUAUUUGUUAACUGCUCGCCGAUUUUUUUCUAUGAUGAAAAAUGUGCGUUACAGUUUUUCUAUAGAUCGGUUAAUAAUAUUCUGUGCUAAUUAUAGAACUAGCAGAAAAUAUUCAUUCGUUGAUUUUUUACACCUAUUUUUAGCCAUAGAAAAACUCGAGCACAAAUUAUACACUUUUUUUUAUCUGAAGAAAAACCGGAUCGCAGAUUAUAUACUACCAUUUUCUUACCUGUAAAAAACUAUUGAUUGAUUAACAAUUUAACGAAAAAAUUAAUACAAUUACUAUUUUAUGUAAUUUUUUCUUUUCGUUGCUAGUAAUUUUGUUAUUAUCUUAAUAAAUAA